CUGUUUAUUCACUUUAAACGCCCCCAGAAUCCGCUGAACCUGCCUGCUGUGUUCACACCUGUGCAGAACAGGGCUGGAUGCUGAUUGGCUGUUACUAUGUGGCGCACCUGUGUCAGGAAGCACCUGCAUUAAUCCUCGUUUUGUCUGUUUUUUUUUUUUCUUUUAAUUUGUCACCCAGUGUUUACAGCAGAGUGAAAAAAAAAAAAAAAAUCCUCCACCCUCCCCCAUCCGGCUUCACCUGCUCCUCCUACAGGCUAGCCGGGCUAAGCUGUCGCUGUAGUCCGGAGCCGAAGCCCUGCUGGGUCCAAGCCCCGCUCGGAACCUGCCGCUGGAUGAACCUCCACUCGGAAAAGAGGAGAAACCGCCUAUAUGGACGCUUCUUCUCCGCCUGUGACGGCGCCGCGGCCAGCUAGUGAGCAGCCCGCAGCUAGCUGCAGCUAGCGGCUCCGCUGGCUAACCAUCCAGGCUAGCUCGAGGAUUUAACUCGGCUUUUCUCGCCUUCUUUAAGCCCGUUUCCGUGUCAUGCCAUCGACUGCUUAACCGAGUCAGGUUUGUAGGCUCAUUUUGGGACCUCGCGGGGGGAAAGCUCGCUUUCUUCGUCGAUCUAGGUCAGCUCGUCCGGCCGGUGAUGGUUAUGUGGGUCAUCGGUGGGUUAACUGGUUAGCCAGAACAGCUGGUUAGCUGCGGACGGCUGGACGCGUUUUUAUUUUAUUGGUGGUUUUAGAAGAAAAAUAAGAGUGAAAAUCGAUGCGUGUGCUUGAGUGGGUGCUGUGGUCUCUGUGCACCCGAGCUGUGUGAUGGAGCAGCGGGUGGAUUAUUUUAUAUUUCUGUUUUUGGACGCUGACUCGUUAGUUAGCCGGGGGAUGCUAGCUGCUCCACUAACCAGGCUGGGCAUGCUGAGCGGGGAGCUGCGGGUCCUCCGAGCCUAGCAGCAGCAGGCAGCGGCAGAUAACGCGACCGUGUCCGGGUGGUGCUCCGGGAGGAGGAUGGCAUUUCACGGCGCAGGCCGGCAGACCGUGUGUGGAGACCUAUUUCCGGGCUCUGAGCUGGGCCACAAGUAUUUUUGUGUGAGCUCCUCCUGCGGAGCCCCCUCCACGGGCCUCAGCGCCACACCGUGCCUCACCGGACCCACCGCCCCGGCUGGGACCCCUCGUCACCCCACAGCCCUCGGAGGAAGCACCGGCGGCGGCGCAGCGGUGCCUCAGCCCUACAGCAACCCAGCCAGCGAGGUGCCGAGCCCCGCAGAGAUGGAGCCAGACCGGCCCAUCGGUUAUGGCGCAUUUGGAGUUGUUUGGUCGGUGACCGAUCCUCGGGACGGCCGGAAGGUGGCUUUGAAGAAGAUGCCCAACGUCUUCCAGAACCUGGUCUCCUGCAAGAGGGUCUUCAGAGAGCUGCGGAUGCUGUGCUUCUUCAAACACGACAAUGUUCUGUCGGCUCUGGACAUUCUGCAGCCUCCGCAGAUCGACUGCUUCGAGGAGAUCUACGUGAUAACAGAGCUGAUGCAGAGCGACCUCCACAAAGUGAUCGUGUCUCCUCAGCCGCUCACCACCGACCACAUCAAGGUCUUCCUCUACCAGAUCCUCCGAGGUUUGAAGUACCUGCACUCCGCUGGGAUCCUGCACAGAGACAUCAAACCCGGAAACCUGCUGGUCAACAGCAACUGCCUGCUCAAGAUUUGUGACUUCGGCCUGGCGCGCGUGGAGGAGCCCGACCCGUCACGUCACAUGACGCAGGAGGUGGUGACUCAGUACUACAGGGCGCCGGAGGUGCUGAUGGGCUGCCGGCACUACAGCUCGGCCAUCGACGUGUGGUCGGUGGGCUGCAUCUUCGCCGAGCUGCUGGGGCGACGCAUCCUCUUCCAGGCUCAGAGUCCCAUUCAGCAGCUGGACCUGAUCACCGACCUGCUGGGAACGCCGCCUCUGUCGGCCCUGGCGGCGGCCUGCGAGGGCGCCCGGGCCCACAUCCUGAGGGGGCCGCACAAACCGCCGUCGCUGUCGGUGCUCUACAUGCUGUCUGACGGAGCGACCCACGAGGCCGUGCACCUCCUCUGCCGGAUGCUGGUCUUUGAUCCGGCGAAGAGGAUUUCGGGCAGCGACGCCCUCUCUCACCCUUACCUGGACGAAGGGCGCCUGCGUUACCACACCUGCAUGUGUCAGUGCUGCUACUCCGUCCCCAGCGGGCGAGUUUACACCCGGGACUUUGAGCCGGUCGCCGAGCGUCCGUUCAGUCACAGCUACGAGAACAGCCUGCUGUCAGUGUGGCAGGGAAAAGAGUUGAUCCAUCGCUUCAUCACGGAGCACCAGCAGGGCAAACGGGUGCCGCUGUGCAUCAAUCCUCAGAGUGCUGCCUUCAAGACCUUCAUCAGGUCCACCGCGUGGCACUCCUCUAAGGUGUCCAGGAAGGAGGAGAGAUGAACGGCGCUCCUCUGCAUCUCGAGGAGCGACGGCAGUUUGAGAGGGGAUUUCAUUGGCCGUGGCAUCUGAAAACACUGAAGAGUUUGGGUCAUCUUUUCUUCUUCUUUUUUUUUUUUUCCCCUUCACCUGGAGGCGAACAUCACACCCGCCCACAUCAGGACCUCAUGAAAAACCUCAAAUAUUUCCUCCCCCGUGAUUCGACCCAAACUUCUGACGCUCGGCGUUUUUCGGUGCUGAACUUAAGAAAAACAAAACAAAAAAAACAAAUUAAAAAAAAAAAAGCUGCUGAUGUGAGACACAGGAAGUGAACUGGAUUUGGAUUUUCAUGUGUUCGUAGAGACUUUAAAGAUUUUAACUGUUUGGUAGAUUCGAUGCUUAGUUGAUGUUUGAAGUCAUUCCAGCCCUGUGCAAUAUGGAUUCAUUCAAAAAGGUGAUAAACACGGUGGGGGGCGGGGCUGCCUACGAUGUAAUGGGUCGGUCGGUAUGACGUCAUCGCCCGCCAAACAUCGCCAAGGUCUUUUUUCCUUUUUUUUAUAAAUACCACAUCACUCACUGUGUUUUCACCGCGCAGUGUCUUCGUGGCGUCCGCGUGGUGAUGAUAAUGCAAUUUCACAGAUGUAGCAGGUUUUAACCAACAGGUGUUUCUGCACACGGUUACCUUUGCCCCCCCCCCACCCCUCCCCGGCGAGCUGUUUGGCCCUGCAUCCGUGUGUUUGACCUUCACCCUCAUCCAGCAGGAGAGUUUAAUCAGGAAUUCAUCAUCCUCAGAUUCAUUUCUCCAGGCUGUGUGGUGGCAGACUCUUAUUUUGAAAAGGACGACAGGAAGUUGUGACUGCUUUCAGUUGUCUGAUGCGGCGUUCUGAUCAGACAGAGGCCAUAUCUGCAGAUAUUUGGCAGCUUCUCCCCUAAAGCGGACUUUUUCCUCCCGUCUCAGCGUGUGUUCUGACACUUCCCUGCUCGCCUCCUGCGCCCUCGCUAACAGGAAGAGGAAGUGACGGCGGUGAUGUUUUCUUUUAAUUUAUUGAGUGUUUGAAAGGGGUGUGUCUCCACCGUGGCAGGUUACCUCAAUCCCUGGAAAAAUAAAAGCCUCUAUAAAAAAGAAUAAACUGGAGGGGAAAUGAAACUACUUUUCCCAUCAUUCCUCCAGAUUCAGUGACUUUUACCUCGUGCUCGCUCUGACUCGGUGUGGACGGGACGUUGUGGGUGAAAUGCUGCUGGGUUUUUUUGUUUUUGUUUUUUCCCUGUGUCAGGCAGAGGCUCAGGUGUCCUCGUAGAUGAACUGUGUGAAACCACAAAAGGAUGCGGCGGUGUUAUCCCAGUGUGCUAACGGGACGGCAGCGGUGCGUUUCCUCCACCAUCCAGGAGCCUAAAGGUCCCAAGAACCCAGGAACCGUCCUUCAGCUCUGUAAUCUGGUUCCCACGUCUAAAUCUGAGAGAACUCAGUUCCUUUACUGAACUCUGAAAACUCUGGAAGCUCGGCUUUGUUUUCCUGAGUGUGAUGUGAAGUGUUUGUCAGGAUGAAAAUUAAUCUUUCCAGCUUCCCUCUUUUUUUUCUUUCUAACACUCGUUUUCAGCCGCAGGAAGUGCUGCGCUAAACAGCGCUUGUGCAUGGUGUAAAACGCGCUGCAGAAGUGCCUUAAACCUGCAUUCUUCCUAACGACCAGCAGGGGGCGACUCCAGGCUGCAGAAAGAGUUAGUUGUAGAGAAGCGCGUCGCUCUGGGAACACUUUCCUGACGAGUUUGUGGUCUCAGCCGGCUUCUCGUCUGAAUAAAACAUGAAGGAAAUUCGUAGUUUAUGCUCGUAACGGUGAUCUGAGGCUCGGCGGGAUGCACCUAAAAACACGAGUGAAAAACGGAGCUUCACUAACCAAACGGCGUCUGCAGCAGCAACGUCCAUCUUUUAAAUACAGUCUGUGUGCUCGUCGUCUCCUUGUGGCCAGAAUGAGAAUUACAAAAACAACCAGUGGGAGGAUUCGGAGCUGGAAUUUUCAGGAAGUGGCUGAAGGGAGUUUCUGGGCUUCGUUUGGACUCCUGUGGAGGAAACGCAGAUAAAUGACCUGAGUUCCUCAAAAGGUUCUUGGUCCUGCGGUGGGAACAAGACUGAAAAUAUUCACGAGGAUUUUCAGAGUAAAAGCUCCCGAUUUAUCUCGUACCGCUCCAUCCUGAUGUGUCAGCCGCAGACAGGAAGCGGAGUUGCAUGUUUGUAGCUUCAAAACCAUUAAAAACAUUGAAGCGUCAACGAUCAGCGGUGCCUGAUCCUCACGGCUCUCCUGAAGUGUGAUUGGUCGCAAGCCUGCAGCCUUCAGCCUGUGAGGGGCACGCUGGUGGUUUUGGUAACGCGCUCGGGGGGGGGGAGAUAAACUGAAGGUUUCACCUUGAAAAUAAGCAGGCGCCGCUUUAGCUGCUGUUUCACACGCGAGAGGCGCCUGUUUAAAACCGAAGCAUAUAGCUCAGAUUUUACUGUGUGUGUGUGUGUGUAAUCCAGCAGAUUAAUAAUCCUGUCAUGUUCUCAAUAGUUAAUAAUUUCAGUUUCUCAUUUUGUUGUAAAGCAGCAGGUUGACGUCUGAGGAGAUCAGACCUGUGGCUGAGCAGACGUGUAAUCCAUCAGCCUGGUUCUGAUUGGUGAUUGGCAGCCCCUCCCCCACCCAUUUAGUGCCGUGUGACUGCAAAGAACCUUUUUAGGAUCUCAGGAUCUGAGGGUUGACGAAGCAGCCGAAGUUUGUUUGUUUUUGGUCGGUUCACGAACCUCGCGAUGUGGAAACUCAGCGGGAACCCGCAGCUCGCGGUACCUCGCUUCCCGGACACUUCCCGGGUUCGGUGGGAUCGGCGCCGGGCGUCCUCGCCGCUCGUGCGCUCUCCUGGUUUCUUUAAACUUUCUUGGAACCCCUGAAACCUCAGCUCGCGUCGCCGUGGAAACGCGGAGGGCGACUUGUAUAUCUGCAUGUGUAUAUUUAUUACCCCGCGGAGAGCAUUUGGGUCUGAAUGCUGUGCAAUGGUCGACGAAAACCUUUUGUGGUCAUUUUAUUUAAUUCACCUUUAGGAAGUGAUUUUAUUAGCAGGCUUUUAUUUUGUUUUUGUUUGUUGUGAUCUAAUUAGAUUUUUGGGGGGUUUUGUUUUUUAUGCGAGUCCGGAGAGGAGAACGUUUAGGUAACUGUUCCCUCAAAAAAACCAAACAAAAAACCCUGUGGUGACCUUCUGCACAUGUGCAGCCCUGAGUGUCUGACUUUAGUCACAUGACAGAAGAAGCACAGGCUCAGGUGCAGAGGAGGGCUCGGCUGUGUGAGGACAUUAUUCAUCAUGAAGCUUCUUUUUUGGCCUCCUUAUAAAUUACGAGCAUGAACAGAUUAGUGGCACCGAAGCGUCGUCAGGAGGUCGUGUGAUUGGUUCGUUUCUUUGUUUUGUAUGUUAGCGUUGAGUGUUACUGCAGCGUGAGCUGCAGGCGUCUGCAGGUUAUUACAGUAAACUCAAUAACUGUGGAAAACGGCCGUUUAGGAAACUUAAAGAAAACUCAAGGAAACAAUUUUGUGUGCUUAAAAAAACGAAAAUGUUAUUUUUGGCGGUGUGGUCGUGAGGCUCGUCAGGAAAACCUCUCACUCGUCCAGAGACUCAGACACUUUUGUUUGUAUUGACCAAUCAGGUCUGAGCAGCCUCUGGUUGCUUGCAGGUAAACAAAGCGGGGAACAGGAAGUCCAGGCGGGACUUCCCAAAUCUGACCAUAAAAACAGUAUUUACCAUCAUGUGAUGUAAAUAUCAUACAGCACGUUUCCUGCUGCAGAUUGGGUCAAAAAUCAGAUUUCUGUGAGUUUCUGUUAAAGGUCAAUGAUGAUCUUCUCCUUCAUGAUUGGGUCGUUUCUCCAGCCUGCAGAUGUUCACAGCGACUAAAAGUGAAACUCCGACUUCAGAGAGACGCGUGGUCACUCGGGCGUUUUCCCUCCGGACUCGUCUCUUUCCUCGUUUCUGUCGUCGUGGUCGUAGAGGUCCUUCCAGCUUAGGCGACCCGUGUUUGGUCUUUCCCUCCCUGCACUGUUCUCAGAUCAGCCGUCGGGUGAUGCGGAGCGAGGCGGCUGCUCUGCUGUAGAGAUUAGACUCGUUUUUCUUCUAUGAAAAGAAACUUGAUGUGUUGAUUAUUCUAAAUAUGAUGUUUUAAAAAGAUGUUUUUGUCUUUGUUUUAGCAAAGUUUUUUUUUUUGACUUGUGUUCCCAACAAAUACUUGAAUUUCUUAAAAAAAUGUUUAGAGUUAAAGUAGUGAAUGACAGAUACAUAAAUAAAUGGACACUGGAUAAAACUCUG